AUGGAGAUAUCGUCGAUGGCGGAGGAAAUAGGGCUAUUUGGAUUAAGGAAGAAGCUGAAGAAGGCAGAGGAAGAAGCGGUGGAUAUUAUGAAAGAAGGAAUUGAGUCAGCAGAGAAAGGAGUCGAAGCAGCAGAGAGACAGAUCGAGGCGGUGAAGAUGGAGAUUGAGAUGGAGGUCCGUUUCGGAGGUGGUUUGAUGCAGGCGGGAGUGGUUGCCGGUGCGGAGGUUGUUGGGAUCACUACAUUACUAUCACAUAUUCACAGGCAAAACAAUAACGAAGUAACCAAUGCAUAUGGGGGAAGAUCCAACUGUAGAUUCACGGAUAUCCAAAAUUUUGAAGAAUUUGUGAAAAAUACUGAAGAGUUGAAAAGUGAUAAAUUGAAUAAAAUAUAG